AUGCCACCAAAAAGAUAACAUCAUAAAACUUAGUCCUCAGAAAUCUCACCUAUGGCCUUGAUGAGUUAUCUAUCUAAUAGAGAAUAAAUUUAAGCAAGAUUCUCCAAUUCACCAACACUACAAAUGGAUUUCAAACCUAACAAAUAGUUAAUUCAUCAACAAAGUCCAUUGUUAAAAUAGAAUGAAUAACACAAUAAUAGUACCAAUUUAUUUAAUAAUCUGAGGUAAACAUAAAGAAAAAUAUAAUAAUCGGAUUUGCUCAAAUCAAAAGAUUUUAUGUCACCAAAAUUUGUUAGUCAAGAGAAAAAGCUAGUCCCCUAAAAAACAGUCAUCAGAUAAGGAGGAAAUCAUAUCAAAACUCAACCUCACUCUCAUUAAAACUCAUAAUCAUCCAUCACAAAAAUUGAUAAAACAUAAGAAGAUUACAAAUAAUUAUCUCUCAUCUCUUCUGCAAUACCAAAAUCAUCUGAGAUUGUCUUGACUCAACCUUAAUCUGCUACUAAUAAAACAGAACUCACAUUAAAACAGAAAGCCGACUUAGCCAUUCAAGAAAUGAAGUAAAGACAAUAAGAGGAAUCGCUUUAGAGAAUUAAUUUUCAAAAAUCUUUAGGAGUUUCAAGUGCAAAACACCAAUCCUAACUAUUUCUGCAACAAAACUCCUAUAAAUCAAGUAGCACAAAACAAUUAGAGAGUUAAAAAUUAAAAACUCAUUCAGCCUCUUAACCAAUUAUUGAAUUUACUCCAAAUAAACCAAUUACAACCAGAAAGUAAUUAUAAGACACAAUAAACAUCAUAUUAUUAUGUAAAUCUCUUAAAGAGAAAAUCACCAUAGAUAUCCAAUCGAAUUCAAUACAAUAUUUGGUAGAUUUAGUGAAACAAAUUAUUUCUAAAAACUUCGGAACAACCUUACCUACAGUUAUUGGGAUUAUAACUUGUAAUAUUUCAAUACCCGUCGAUUAUAUCCUAUCAAAAGUAGAGAGACCAUUAUCUCUUUUGAAUUCUAGCCAUCUUCAACCGUUAAUCAUUGAACCAGUCUUUGCUUUAGAGAAUGAAAUCAAGACUCCUAGAGUCAGUUUAAAAGACUUUGAAUUUAUCAGAUGCAUAGGAAUGGGAGGAUUCUCUAAAGUUUAUAUGGUAAGGGAAAGAAAAUCAGGAUAAUAUUAUGCAAUGAAAUUGAUAGAAAAGAGUCCCAUAAUCUAAUAAAAUAAAUAAAGUAUUAUCUAAAAUGAGAGAGAUAUCAUGUCUAUUCUUAAUCAUCCUUUUAUAGUGAAGAUGCAAUAUGCUUUUGAAUCUAGAAAAUAUCUAGUUUUUGUCUUAGAAUACUGUUCUGGAGGCGAGUUGUUUUAUCUGUUGAGAAAAGUUAAAAGGAUGAAAGAGGAGGAAGCAUUUUUUUACUUCUCUGAAAUUUGUUUAGGUAUGAAAAACCUACAUGAGAAUAACAUUAUUUAUAGAGAUAUCAAACCAGAAAAUAUUUUGAUUGACUUUGAUGGUCAUGUUAGAAUAGCUGAUUUUGGGUUAUCGAAGCCUAAUAUGACAGAAUAAGACAUUGGAUAUUCAUUUUGUGGAUCCCCUGAAUACAUGGCACCUGAGAUGCUAUUAAAGUCUGGACACACUUUUCAAUUGGAUUUGUAUUGUUUAGGAGCAUUACUGUAUGAACUUGUAACUGGUUUACCCCCCUAUUAUUCAAGAAAUACAGAAGAAAUAUACACGAGAAUACUAAAUUAAAAGUUAAAUUUUCCUCCAUAAUUAUAAAUGUCCUCUUCAAUUAAGGAUUUAUUGAAUAAUUUAUUAGCUAAAAACCCGAAAAAUAGAAUUGAUUCAAUUGAUACUUUAUUAAAACACCCAUGGAUGAUCUAAUGGGGAGAUAAAAAUUUAUAUAAAGAUAUUUUAUAAAGAAAGAUUGAACCCCCUUUUAAACCUGAUCACUAUUCGUUCAAUUUCGAUGAAUAAGAAUUUGGUCAAGGUGAGGCAGAAUUCUUAGCAUUUAUCAAACCUCUUUAGUAGAAUAUCUCUGAAAAUUUUCCGAAAGAAAUUAUAUUAAAACAAUUUUAUUAUAAUAGUAAUGAAGCCAAUUUCCAGGAAAGCACUGGCGGUACUAGAAAUAAUUAAAUGGAAUAUCAAAGUACAUAAAAAUAAAAAAACAAAAGAUUGAAUACUUUUGAGAGCGAAAAUUAAAUGAAUCAACAAGAUUAAAGGUUCUACAUGUUGAAUUAAAUGAAAACUCAAACAGAUAACGAUUAGAAGAGAAAAUCUGCAUGA